GAUUAUUCCUACUACCGAGGAGUCAUUUCAGCAAGUCACCCAUCCUGUCUUCACAGUCAUCUACAACUGGCAGGCGCUUUCAGGAAAACUCUGGGUUUUAUUAUUAGAACUUGGCUAUAGUCUGUAGAGAAGACUUUGUGGAAAGAACUCCCGUAGCGACUGGGUCAUCCCAGUGCAGCGAACCCCGCCUAUAUCGACUUAGGGGUUUCACGCUGUACCCGGAUCAGGGACGUCAGCUCUUAUCAGCUGCGUGGCAGCCUCUCAACAGGAAGCCCCAACUUCCCCUUGCACAGCCUCGCAAAUACAGCGAGGAGGGAGAAGCUGACAAGAUCCGUUCUCUGGAUGUUACAAACGCAACCACUGGCUUUCACAAGACUUCUGCGGGAUUUACGCUUCCACGUCUGGGCUCUGUACAUUCUCGUCAUACUCUAACUUUAAGUACCAAGUCUUGAGAGAAAGUGGCAACGACAGUUUGGGAUAAGGAUGGCACACAGUCCGCAGCUCCUGGCAGUGCUAGUCCUACUAGCCUCACAGGGUGUGUACAGCCAGUCUAAGGCCGGUGACUGCGACUUUGACCGAGGCUUGUGCGGGUACACGCAGGACAACACAGAUGAGUUUGACUGGCGGCAGUGGUCGGGCAGGACGGGGACCGGGAUGACGGGACCCAACGGUGACCACACCACCGGCUCAGGGAAGUACAUGUACAUUGAGGCGUCCAGUCCGCGUACGGAGGGGGACAAGGCGCGACUCAUCAGUCCCAUGAUGCAACAGGUGGGAGCCAGGUGCCUGGAGUUCUACUAUCACCUGUUCGGCUCGCACAUAGACAUGUCUAGCGCUCACAGGGUUCUGAUUGGCCGAUAUUUCUUACGUCACAUCCACGCAGGCGCACUGAACGUGUACAAGCUGCCGACUGGAUUAGUUAAUCUGCAUGAGCCUAUUUGGACAGCAACUGGUGAUCGUGGCAUCAAGUGGUUACGUGGUCAGGUCACUGUGGAGUCAGAUAUGGACUAUCAGGUUGUAUUUGAAGGUGCCCGUGGAAGCGGGAUCAGGGGAGACAUAGCGCUGGACGACAUCACUUUCUCGGACGGCCCAUGUGUAACUGACGGGCUAGUAAUCGACAACGAAGAAGCGUUGCCUGAGAAGGCUGACUGCAACUUCGACAAUGGGCUGUGCGACUACGUGCAGGAUAAGGAUGACGUGUUCGACUGGCGGCUGAAGGCGGGAAGGACCCCGACUACCGCCACGGGACCACGGGGGGACCACACAUCAGGCAAAGGAAAGUACCUCUACAUGGAAGCAUCCCGUAAACAGGAAGGUCACCACGCCCGCAUCAUGACCCCCAACCUCCGCCCUUCCCCACUGCCUAAAUGCCUGGUGUUCUGGUAUCACAUGUUCGGACAGUUCAUGGGGGAGUUUAACAUUUACCUGCGCUUGUCUCAGAACGACGUCGGCGCACCCGUGUGGAGUCAGGCGGGGAACAAAGGCCCCAGCUGGCACCAGGGGAGGGUCAACAUACAGGCCAACCAUACUUUCCAGGUUGUAUUUGAGGCAGUCCGGGGUAGGAAAGCCAGGGGAGACAUCGCGUUGGAUGACGUCAGUUUUGAAGACGGUCCGUGUGCUAUUGUGGAGCCCACUCUGGCAACAGAAUCAGCGAUGACGACAACACUGGUACCGGUCUCUACGACAAUAAGCACCCCGCCUGCACAGACGACACGCGCGCCCGUCUCACCGUCCAGCCUGACGUGUAGUUUUGACGACAGUCUGUGUGGGUACACUGCUGCAUCUACCAGAUCCCAGCUAGCCUGGGUGCAGUGGGCCAGCACGGACAGUCUGAAGGACCACACUUCUGGAGAAGGAAGCUUCAUGAUGGUACAGGUAGCCGCCAGCGGGGGCAGUCCGGGGGACACCCGCAGUAACUUAGCCUGGCUCCUCACACCCUGGAUGACGGCAGAGGGCAUCUACUGCCUGGAGUUCUUCGCUUAUGUACAGGCUGACGGAUCAAGCGGACUGACUGUGUACCAGACGAUUGGGGAGGGGGGUGCCGUCAGGAAACUGUGGAACAACAAGGGCAAAGUCGGGGCGCAAUGGACGCCGGUCAGGGUGGACAUCUGGCCAACUUCAAAAUUUCAGAUCAAAUUUGAAGGUCACAAGUCGCAGAGCAGCCAAGCACGGAUCGGGCUGGAUGACGUCACGUUCCGAGCAGGACGCUGUCCAUCAAAGGUUCCUGUCCCGGACCCCAAGCCGACGACACCGAUGCAGAGGACAACGAAAACAGAACCCCGCGAGAAAUACUCUACGGCUGAAGCACCCAGGGAUGGCAUUCCUCCGGACUUCACAUUCAGACCUCCGGGAAGACCACAACCGGAAACCGUCAGUUUUCCGACAAGGUCCCCGGCCAAUACAGACCGGAAGCCGCAAGGCCUGCCGGAUGCUAAAGGGUCCCGGCAUCCCUGUCCUUGUGACGGAUCAACAGGACACAGACACGGUAGUAGAUGGACGAUGCAGACAGGAAUCACCGUCGCCAUCCUUAUUCCGGUCAUCGUUCUGCUGGUCGUGGUCAUCAUCCUGGCGGUCAUUUCCUACAAGAGAUUACGAAUUCAACGUCAACUCCUAAAGUACUGUGAACGAGGAGACAUUGAACUGACGUACAGGCCACCUGGCGAAUUGAAAGACCUACUGCAGGGGACGCGCACGUUGGAGCAGAGCGACGUGAACGGAAGUGCCAAGAGGACAAAGGGCCCCUCCUACCGGGGGAAGUGUAACCUACCAGACGUGUCAGCCCCCGAGUUUGGGAAGUACGUGACUCUACAGGAACAGGACAGCCCCGUCACACCGCCAGCACACAACAACUUCGAUAGUGUUAUCUAAUGGAGAGGGACGCGUCUUUGUCUACCCCCUUUCCUUUCCUCGGUGAUUCUCACUGACUGUAAUGUCAAAUCUCAGAAUUUUUGCUGGGUAUUCUGGAUGCAAUCAAGGUUUUCUGAGAAUGUCCUGCAUAUCUAAGAGGUGGUUGAUAACACUUAUCUUGCUAAAGCUCAACAUACUGAAUGUUCCGUCAUGCACCAAGUAUAGCUAGGUUCCUUGCCAACCUGGUGAGCUUUCUUCUGUAUAGGGUUACAUAUUCAUGCAACACACAAUGUUAGUGUUUUCCAACAAAGCUUUAUUUCUUUGUAACUAAAUUCAAAUGGCCAAAAAUACUUUCAAGGGCUUUUCUAUUAAAAUGAGGCUGAAAGCUAAAGGGCAUCCAUGCAUAAGAUCCAUGCACUUCUUGGACUUAAUAGAUACAAAAAAGACAUGUUUACAAAUGGCAAGAAUUCCAUGUGCUGUCAUUUUAUUCAAUGUGGGACCACCUGUGACAAUUUUUCUUCAAUUGUUCCAUUACAAAAUGUUAAAGUGUACACAACAUGUGUCUACAUAAUAAGUAAAUAGUGAUAAGAGAUAGUUAUGAGUCGUACACUCAUAUUCACUGCCAACAACAGACUGAUUAUACCAAAUGUGACACAUUAUUGACCUGAUGAAUGUAAUAUGUAGUAGCUUCUGUACAAAUAUUUAGGCAUUUCUUAUGGUCCAUGCAAAUGUCACUGUAUCCUCAAGAAUUAUUGCUACAAUGUAGCAGCAAAGUACAUUUAAAUAA